GGGCUGUAGGUGACUGUUCUCUGCGGGGCUGAGGUCCGCAGAGCCUUCCCCCAGGGCAGGGGCAAACGGCCCCCUUCCAGGAGGGAGCCGGAAGAUUAGGCAGCUCCAUGUAAGUCCACAUGUAGGUGAACAGAACCCACCAUGAGGAAGGGCAAAAAGAAGAAGCCAGAGUCCAGACGCCGCGGCUCCACACCCCAGCACGCCAGCUCGGAGUCCACACCCCAGCACGCCAGCUCGGAGUCCACACCCCAGCACGCCAGCUCGGAGUCCACACCCCAGCACGCCAGCUCGGAGUCCACCGCUCGGCCCAGCCCUGGAUCCACCCCGCAGCCCAGCUCUGGAUCCAUCCCCCAGCAGCCUGCACCCCAGGCUCUCCCAGCUCCAGAAAGCAGACCCUCAGCCCGGGCCCCUGCACCGGCCCUGGGCCGGUUGCCUCCGGACCCUACCGCGAAAGCACCCUCUCAAUCCAGGAAAUCAGGGUCUCUGACUCGUGCGGGGCCUCGGGCCUUCUGUUCCUGUUCCGCUUGCCCCGGAAGCUCUGCUUGCUGGCGUCGUCUGGGCCUGUGUCACAGCCGCAUCUUUGAUGUCCUCCUUCCUCUACCCUGGCCGACCAUGCCGGGAAGAGGAUUUCCAAGCCUCCUCACUUUCUACAGAGAACCUGCAAGAAAACACUCCACUCAUCGUAAUUCACGUGCUCCAAGCUCUCGGGCCUGCCGCUGUGGCUCUGGGAGCCCUGGGGGCUGCCUGUUACAUCACUGAAUCCUUGUGAACAAACCCCAGGCCCGCGGCCCGGCAGAUCCAGUUUCCAUCAAGGAUCUCUCUUGUCACCAAAAUAGAACAAAAAAAAAAAAAUUCUGUUUCAUGAGUGUGUUUUACCCAGAGACACAAAGUUCGACUUGG